UUCCGCCCUAUUCAGAAAGGAAUUUCCCUCCGCCAUUUUCAAGAGGUGGUGCGCACUCGUUAUUAGCGUUUGGUCAUUAGCUUACUUGAAGACACGUUAAACGCAUUAUCUUGUUAUUAAACACAUUGAAAAGAAGAUGUCCAACGACCAGAGCGAGCAUGUUUCCGAGAAGGCAUCGGAGGAGCAGCAGGCACCGGUGCAACAGCCGAAGCUGCAAGGAGAACUGAACGGCAAGGGCAGCAUCAGCCGCAAGGAGAGGCCCCAAAAGAGAGGCGGAGGCGGCCGCUUCGAGCCCUAUGGAAAUGUGAACAAGAGAUACCGGGUUUUUGUCAGCAACAUCCCUUACGAUGUCAAAUGGCAAUCCCUUAAAGACCUGAUGAAGGAGAAAGUGGGUGAUGUAACGUACGUGGAACACUUAAUGGACGCAGAAGGCAAAUCAAGGGGCUGUGCUGUGGUUGAGUUCAGGACCGAGGAACAGAUGAGGAGAGCUGUGGAGAAGGUCAACAAGCACAACCUCAAUGGGCGUCCCCUGAAAGUGAAGGAGGACCCUGAUGGUGUGAUCGCUCUGAGAGAAACCAGCAAGAGCGGAGGCCCCCAAGGUGGCAUGGGAGGAAUGGAUAGAAUGGGCCCUGCACCAAAUGGCCCCAUGGUGAACAUCCCUCCCAGCCUGAUGAACAACCCCAGCAUUCCCAUGGAGGUUAUCCAUGGCCUGCAAGCGGGACGGAUCGGCAACACAGUGUUUGUUGCAAAUCUUGACUACAAGGUGGGCUGGAAGAAGCUGAAGGAGGUGUUCGGCAUGGCCGGCAUGGUUAUGAGGGCGGACAUUCUUGAGGACAAGGAGGGCAAGAGCAGAGGCAUGGGCACAGUAACGUUUGACCUGCCCAUUGAAGCCGUCCAAGCUGUGUCCAUGUUGAAUGGACAACUGUUGUUCAACCGGAUCAUGCACGUAAAACUGGACGAAAAGUCAAUGCCCAAAGAUUUUGGACCACCUGACAGAGGUUCUUCUCUUCCUCGUGGCCUGAGUGGUAUCGGAUUGGGUUUGGGGCCUGGUGGCCAGCCCAUUGAUGCUAACCAACUCAAUAGAGGAGGCGGCGGCGGUGCAAUGGGUAACAUGGGUGCCGGAGGAGGGGAUGGAAUGGGCUAUGGCAGCAUGGGAAAUCGAAUGAGCGGAGGAAUUGACAACUUUGGGGGAAUGCACAACAUGGACCGUUACGGCUCUUCCGGUAUGUCCAGAAUAAAUGAUAUGGACCGGGGGAUCGGUGGCGGUUUCGACCGGGAGUUUGGUCGAAAUGAGAUGGGCAUGUCUCGCAGCAGUUUUGGAGAUUCCUUUGAUCGAGGAAAUUCCAUGGGUAUGGACCGCAUGAACGUUGCAAUGGACCGUCUGGGAUCAACCAUGGAUCGCAUAGGAAGCCUGGAUAGGAUGGGCCUGGACAGAAUUGACCGCCCGUCCGACUUGGACCGGAUGGGCUCUGGCUUUGACCGCAUGGGCUCUGGUAUGGACCGGCUCGGGCCAAGUCUGGACAGGCUGGGCACAGGUGUCGACCGCAUGAGCUCCAGCAUGGAUCGCCUCGGCCCAACCGGGUUCGACCGCUUGGGCCCUUCUAGUUUGGAUCGCAUGGGUGCAGGUCUGGACUAUGGCGCCCCGAUGGGCAUGGAUCGCAUGGGCAGCGCCGGGCUUGACAGAAUGCCCAGCAACUUUGACCGCAUGGGCUCCGCUGGCGGUCUUGACCGCUUCCCGUCCAGCGGCCUGGAUCGUAUGAGCUCCGGAAUGGACAGGAUGGGAUCCGGUGGUGUCGGUCAGUUCGAUCGUUCCGCUGACUUGGAUCGUGGAUUUGGUGGCAAUUCCUUUGGAAAUGCUGGAGCAGGAGGCCCUGGUGCAGGAGCAGGAAACCUCAGAAAGGGAUGCCAGAUCUUUGUUCGAAAUCUGCCAUUUGACUUCACCUGGAAGAUGCUGAAGGAUGCAUUCAAUACAUGUGGUAUGGUGCAGUAUGCCGAUAUCAAGAUGGAGAACGGCAAGUCCAAGGGCUGCGGCGUGGUCCGCUUCGACAACCCGGAGACCGCCGACCGCGCCUGCCGCACCAUGAAUGGCUACCGCCUGAACGGAAGAGAAAUCGACGUCAGGAUUGAUAGGAAUGCAUAAGUUUCUGCAGCUGACCUUUCGUUUAGUCACUGAUGCCCAUUACAUUAUGACCGGAAGUUUCUUGCCAGCCUGUCCACCUUCACUCGGUUUGUCUGUAACAGUGAAAUUGUUUUAGUUAGUGUAGCAGAUUUUAGUUUGUACAUUUGACUUUUUUUAGAGACCAAAUUUCUCCUCCGACAUCCUUCACCUGUCUGCUUUGUCUUCAAAGUGUUUUGAUAAUAAACCAAUGAUUGUCUUGGC